GGGCCAAACUACGCAUGUCUCUUUGUUGGCUAUGUCGAACAGAGGAUGCUAACCGAGUACACUGUGACUGGUAGGAAGCCUGAUUUGUAUAAGAGAUACAUGGACAACGUAGCGGGCGUAGCCUCGGGCAGUGAACAAUAUCCGGGGGGGGGGACUCCGGGUUCGCCCCGCUUGGCUCAUAAAGCGCCUGUCAUGCAGGCUAAAGUACUAUCCUAAGCUUGUCUAUAAUUGGUCUAUCUCAUCUGACAAACUCCCGUUCCUAGUCAUUUAUAUGACACCCCGUGACGACCGCAUAUCGACAUCUAUUUAUUACAAAGACACUGACAGCCAUUCAUAUCUGAACUUCGGUUCGUCAUAUCCAUCCAAGUGUAAAUCGUCCAUACCAUAUAAUCAGUUUCUACGGCUGCGAAAGAUCUGCAGUGAGGACGACGUUUUUCAAAAUGAGGCCACAACCAUGGAGGCUUUUUUUGCUGCACGAGGCUACCUCCAUGACCUAAUUACAACAGCACGUCUCCGAGCGGAAGAAAAACAGAGACCACCUUCCCACUUUUAA